GCCCGCGCUCGCGAGGUUCUACUUCCCCGUAUCGGAUCGGGAGUGCGCUACCGGCUCGCUUGUACGGCCUCCCAUUGCUGUCUCGGCCUCUGGGUUUGUUGAUGUUCAUCUAAGCAUCUUUCAGAAGAGUUGAGAAGCAUUGUAACAGAGGACUCGGUUCGCUUCCUGGGCAUAGGUUCAAAGAUUUGACUUCAAGAUGGUUAACUUUGGAAAGAGAUUAGUGGCAGAUCAAAUUCAAGAAUGGAAGGGAUACUACAUUAACUACAAGUUAAUGAAGAAAAGAGUAAAGCAGUAUGUUCACCAGACUCAGGCAGGUGGACAAGAUCAUUAUCAGGUUCUUAAAGAGUUCUCAAGGAUGUUAGAUGACCAGAUUGAAAAGAUUGUCCUUUUUCUGUUGGAACAACAAGGUCUUCUUGCUAGCAGACUUCAGAAACUGGGAGAGCAGCGUGAAAUCCUUUUAGAGCAGCCAGAUAUAUCCCAAGUAUGUCAACUACGAGAAGCAUACAGGGCAGUUGGACAAGAUCUACUGAAGCUUCUUAGGUUUGUCGAUAUGAAUGCUACUGGUAUUCGCAAGAUAUUAAAAAAAUUUGACAAACGCUUUGGCUAUAGAUUCACUGAUUACUAUGUUACUACUCGAGCAAAUCAUCCUUAUUCUCAGUUGCAACAGGUCUUCAAGCAUGUGGGAAUAGGGGCUGUUGUAGGUGCCUUGUCUCGUAACCUUGCAGAUCUUGAUCAUCAAGGAAGCUGUUUAUCCAUUUAUGAUCAACCAUCUAUACCUCUCAAGGACCCUGUCAUAGAACAAAUAAACGCAUCAGUAGACAGGCUUACACAUUCAACAAAUUUCCUUCAAUUCAUAGGGCAGCACGCACUUAUUGCUCAAGAAGAUAUACCUAGUGCAGCAGAGGACAUUGUUGAUGACCACAGAUACCAUUUUAUGUCUCUUCUCCUGAACUUGGCAAACACUUUCCUUUAUAUGGUCAACACAUACAUUAUUGUCCCAACUGCAGAUGACUACUCAAUGAGCCUUGGAGCUGCGGCAACAGUUUGUGGUGUAAUUAUUGGGUCAAUGGCUGUUGCACAAGUGUUCUCUUCAGUGUAUUUCAGUGCGUGGUCAAAUAAAUCAUACUUCAGACCUCUUGUAUUUAGCAGCAUCAUGCUUUUUAUGGGAAAUUUAUUGUAUGCAUUGGCUUAUGAUCUUAACUCAAUUGCUGUUCUUCUUAUUGGUCGCCUUUUAUGUGGGUUAGGUUCUGCUAGGGCUGUAAAUCGGCGUUACAUCAGCGAUUGUGUACCUCUUAAAAUUCGCUUGCAAGCUUCUGCAGGUUUUGUUAGUGCCAGUGCUCUUGGAAUGGCUUGUGGUCCUGCCAUUGCUGGCUUGCUUCAAACAAAUUUCAAGCUUUACUUGCUAACAUUCAAUCAAAACACCUUACCAGGAUGGGUUAUGGCUGUGGCUUGGAUCAUGUAUUUAUUUUGGUUGUGCAUUUCAUUUAAAGAGCCAAUGCAUGACACUGAAGAGGGCCAUACAGCACUGGAUGCUGAUGCUGGAAGCAUGAAUAAUGAGAGACUCGAAAAUGGUCUUCUGCAACCUAUGCUCCUAAGUUCCGGUUCAAAAGAGAAGCAAGACGAAGAUGGAGAUCAAGAUUUUGAUGACAGUGAAGAAGCCUCUGAAGAGUCCCGUGGACCUGCAACUUCGAUUGCUUCAGCAUAUAGACUGCUUACACCAUCAGUUAAGGUUCAGUUGUUGAUCUAUUUCAUGCUUAAAUAUGCAAUGGAGAUUUUACUUUCUGAAUCAAGUGUAAUUACCACAUUAUACUUUAGCUGGUCCACUAGCACUGUGGCCAUUUUUCUAGCAAUCCUUGGACUGACAGUUCUUCCAGUAAAUGCCAUUGUUGGAAGUUACCUUACCAACAUGCUUGAGGACAGGCAAAUCCUGUUGGCAUCUGAAAUUAUUUUGCUGGUAGGUAUAAUUCUAAGCUUCCAUGUCACAAGACCGUACUCCGUGCCACAAUAUGUCUGCUCAGCACUCAUCACUUUCGUAUCCGCCGAAGUGCUUGAAG